AUGCACGAUGCUUCAACAAAGCGGAUGGGAGAGACGAAGAAAAAGGGAAAGGAGGAUGUCGAAAAAGGGUAUGGCUUUGUGAAGGGGGCUAAAAGCAUAAAAACGGCAAAAAUAGGCGGGUUGGUCGGGUUUGAUGAAAAUGAAAAGGGAAAGAUCAGCCGGUAUUGUUGGGGCACACGCCACUCAACUGUGGACGGGAAACGGGACGUCAACCGAAAAAGGGAACGAAACUUUGUGAGGGUCGAGGCAAAGGGGGCGAAGAGAUGUGGUAAGGGUGUAUACAUAUGGAAACAUGACAAUUUAUGA